AUGGCAUUGAUUUUACACUCCCUUACAGUUACUGUUGAUCUGACAAAACCUGUUCCUGGAGAUGUUGUUGAUGGAAAUAACACAGGGUUUGAAGACAUCCAGUUCUCUGGUAGUGCAGCUAAAGUAGAGAUUCAAUGGAUGAAUUUUUAUGAUCCAGAAUCAAAGAUCAGACAAUAUGAUGUUCAAGUUCAGGCAGCAGGGAAUUUAUCAGAAAACUUCCAAGUAGUGAGAGAUUUUGUAACAUUUUCUAACAUGACAGAAAGUGCUAAAUGGCUGAAUUUUCAUUUUGAACAUAAAGAUAGAGUAAAAUUGGUUCUGCAAACUACAAAUGGAGCUCUCAACUCAAUAGUCAACGAGACAGAUGGUUAUAUAGUAGAUCUCACACCUCCAAAGCUUGUAUAUCUAGAAGAUGGUUCUGUUCAGCAUGAGGAUUUGGAAUUUCAGUCUGAUACCACCAGCCUCUCAUCAAAUUUCAAGUUUAUUGAUGAAGAAUCUGGAUUGGAUCAUUUUAAAAUACAGAUUUACCAGAGAUACCAGAGCAUAAGAUCACAAAUUGUUCCAGAAACUCGCAAUGAUUGGAUUGAAUUGGAUGAUGGAAAUCUGAAUGAGUUUAUCGACCCCAGUCUGACUCUCCGACAGGGUGCAGUAUACAGUAUAAGAGUAGGAGCUGUUAAUAAAGCAGGUUUUAUGGCAGCUUUUGAAACAAAUGGUGUAAUGGUAGACACAACACCCCCUAUUAUUCACUGGCUUCAUGUCAACACAUUAUCAGAUGACGAAGGGCAGACUGUGUACGGCUAUGUGUGGCAAGCAGAUACAAAUGGUAUAAAAGCAGCAUGGCUUUCAUCAGAUCAUGAGUCUGGUGUUAUCAAUUACAAAAUAGCUGUUGGAUCCUCACCAGGUGGAACUGAGGUUAAGUCAUGGACAGAUAUUGGACUAAAGACAGAUAAAUAUAUAGAUGGAUUAUCCCUGGAUAUUACUGAUAUUGAUACCAAGACCCCAGUGUACUAUGUUAGUUUAAUAGCAUUAAAUGGAGCUGGCCUGGAAAGUUCACCUGUGAUUUCAACACCAAUAGUGGUGGUGGAAGCUGACAAAGCAGGUAUAGUUAUUGAUGGUACAGAUGGAACUGACCAUGAUCCUGUAUCUGACAUUGGUGUUGACAUCGAUUACCAAUCUGACAUUUCUACUCUAAGUGUACAGUUUACAGGAUUUGAGAGUCAUCUCCAUGGUGUUAUGGCCUAUGAAUGGGCUGUAGGAACAAGUCCAGGUGGACAAGAUGUCACCACAUUUUCAGCUGAUGGAAUUUUACAUGUAGAAGAGCAAAAUAUUGCUGGAGAUGGCCUAACAAGCUCUGGAUAUGCACAGGUAAAUGUUCAGCUGGAGCCUGGAAAUACAUAUUAUUCUACCAUUAGGGGUGUUACUAACGCUGGAAAUAUUAUUGAGUCUGUAUCAGAUGGAAUAACUGUAGACUUAUUACCACCAGACAUUGUUUUGGAUAGACUUUCUGAUGAAAGUGCAGACAAUGGUGGAAUUGGUUCAAGUUUGUCAAUGUAUAAAAGUUCAACUGAUUCCCUGUCUGCCAUGUGGCACUACAAUGAUACAGACAGUGGUAUAACAAGAGCCUGGUAUUCUGUUGGGACAUAUCCAUAUGCUGAGGAUAUAUCACCUAGAUCUGAAGUGAAUAUAUCCUCUACACAAAGUAGUCACAUGGAAGUUGGUACUGUAACACCUGAUAUUACAGGCAAACCAAAUAUAAUCAGUAUCUGGGCAGAAGAUAAAGCUGGUAUGAUUGGUAGGACUACAUUUGGUUCAAUUAUCAUUGAUACCAGUAAACCAGGAACAGGAUAUGUAACUUGUCCAGAAUACAUAGGGGUGGAAACCCCAAUACUGUGUUCAUGGUCAGGAUUUUUAGAUGAAGAGAGCCCUAUCCAGAAGUUUACCAUUUCACUAGGAUCAGAACAAGGAUCCUCAGAUAUAUUUGAAGAACAUGUCAGUGGAUUUGUUUCUUUUUAUAAUAUGAAAGAAUGUGAUGCCUUAGAUGCCGUCUGCUCAGAGUCCCUUACUUCUGUAUCAGCAACAUGGCAGCUGUUUACUGAUGAUGAAUCUGAAAUUGUUGGGUACCAGAUAGCAGUAGGAACAACACCGGGUGGGGGACAGAUUACGUCUUUCUUUGAUAUACCUGAGGAUGCUAGACAUUAUACAGUACCUUAUAUAACUAUUAUUUUACAAUAUAACAGGUACCAGAUAGCUGUAGGAACAACACCAGGUGGGGGACAGAUUACGUCUUUCUUUGAUAUUCCUGAGGAUGCUAGACAUUAUACAGUACCUUAUAUAACUAUUAUUUUACAAUAUAACAGGUACCAGAUAGCAGUAGGAACAACACCAGGUGGGGGACAGAUAAGAGCUUUCUUUGAUAUUCCUGAGGAUGCUAGACAUUAUACAGUAUCUGGGCUGAACCUGAUGGGAUAUAGAAAGGUUACUAGGAUAUUUUGUUUCAUUUUUUACAUAAAAAUGUAA